ACGGACCGCUUGAGAGAGAGAGAGAGAGAGAGAGCUAGAGAGAGAGAGAGAGAGAGAGAGAGAGAGAGAGAGAGAGAGAGAGAGAGAGAGGGAGAGAGAGAGAGAGAGAGAGAGAUAGAGAGAGAGAGAGAGAGAGAGAGAGAGAGAGAGAGAGAGAGAGAGAGAGAGAGAGAGAGAGAGAGAGAGAGACAGGGGCCGAGGUCCCUAUCUUCCUGAAGUUGCUGGCUGACACAGGGGCCAGGAGA